GUUUACACCUUGGUCACAAUCUGAUCGAUUCUCAUGCUGUCAACACUGCAGAGAGGAAAGGUGUAGCCCCCAUCGUGUUGGGUUUUAUGUAGAGGAAGGAGCACAAGCUUCUGUUCAUUUGGAGGGCUGAGCAGGAACGUGUCCAUCCUCUGAUAUAGUGAUGGACCUCAUUUAAACUUACAGCUGCUCAUUGUAAUCCUCAAGCCUCGGACUGUACGAGACUAUUUCUUCAUCACCCUGCUUGGCCUUCAGCAACCAUGUACAGCAGCGGCUACUCCCAGGUGUCCAAGCGCAGUCCAGGAGCCCAAAAGAGGAUGCAGUACCGCUCGAAGGGCAAGAGCUGUGGCUACUACAUGCGCAUUGUCUUCUUCUUCUCUUCGCUCAUUCAGUCCCUGAUCAUAGUCAGCCUGGUGCUCUUUCUGGUCUACGGUAAGACGCAGGACUCGGCGUCCACCGAGCGCAUUCAUGACCUGGAGGAGAGCUUCAGCCGACUCUCCAUAGAGAACGUCGCCCUCAGGCAACAGAGGAAGAACCUGACCAACCUACUCAACACAACCCUGACUCUCAAGGCUCGUAACGACUGGGACCUGGAAAAGUUCCGCCACUACACCAACAUCUCAUCAUUCAUGAUCGUAGACUUUGACAGGAAACUGCAACAGUGCAAACACGAGUUGUUCAUGUGCAGCGCCUCUCCCCGUUUUCCUUGUGACUGCUCAGCAAGAACUUCAGAUAACUGUAACUGUGGCUUGCUGGCUGAGCGGCUGAAAGCUCGGCUUGAGCUAGUGGAGUCCAACUUCACCCAAGCGACAAAGAGGAUGAGGAUAGAAAUGGAACAGACCGCCAAAGAGAGGGACUACAUUAACCUGGAGGCCAUCCGUCUGAGGAGGGAAAAAUCCAUUCAGGAAAAAGAGUUGCUGUUCAACAAAGAAAGAUGUAAAGAUGACUUCUUCCAGUCCUUGAGUGGCGUCUCCAACGUCUCCAAGGCUUUCCUCAUGAAGAUUGAAUCCCUCUUCCCCACACACCUUGCCUUCCAGCUCACCUGCUCGAAACAGAGGGAAUACCUGGAGCAGAUCCACACCAACUGCUCCAGCCUGUCCAGAGAAGUGGAGGACAAGUUCCAGCAUUACUUGAACAGUGUGGGAGACCAGGUGUCGGACAUCCAUGCCGAGAACAGCCGCCUGAAGGCAGAGAACUGGCGCCUGUCCAGUGACUACCGCUCGUGCACCCAGAACCGCACGGGCCUGAUCAAGGAGCACAGAGAGAAGUUAGACAGGCUUCAGCAGAAACACGAUCAGGAUAAGGAGAGACUCCUGAUGGAUAAGAUGAGGUUAAAUGGAGAAAUAGAAGUCCUGGUAAACAAUGUCAAAUUCAAAAUUAAGGAAGUGGAUCACCUCACACAGCAAAUCAGACAUCUCAACAUGUCCUGCAUGUCUAAGCCAGGGUUUGCCGCUGGGUCGAACUCUCGGCCAAGCACAUCAAGUCAGUCUGUGUGGAGCACGUUGGGUGGUGGUGGAUCCAGCUCUGCUAGCGGGGCUCAGCUUAGUAGGACAGGGUCAGGGGGGUUGGGUUCAAGCCAUGGCUCUUUUGGAUCAUCGUUCAACAAGCCAGGAUCUACUGGGACGGGCUCCGCAAGCUCAUCUUUCUUGUCACCUGGGUCGAGUUCAAGCCUUGGCUCUUCUGGAUCAUUGAUCAAUAAGCCAGGAUCAACUGGUACUGGCUCUUCAAGCUUAUCACACUCAUCAUCUGGGUCAAGUUCAAGCCUUGGCUCCACCGGGUCAGGCCUCAGUAAGUAUGGAUCAGCUGGGAGGAGCUCUUCAAGCUCAUCACUGUUUUCAUCUGGGUCUAGUUCAAGCCUUGGCUCCUCUGGAUCCUUGUUAAAUAAGCCAGUAUCAACUGGCACUGGCUCUUCAAGCUCAUCACACUCAUUAUUUGGGUCGAGUUCAAGCCUUGGCUCCUCUGGAUCCUUGUUAAAUAAGCCAGUAUCAACUGGCACUGGCUCUUCAAGCUCAUCACACUCAUUAUUUGGGUCGAGUUCAAGCCUUGGCUCCUCUGGAUCCUUGUUAAAUAAGCUAGGAUCAACUGGCACUGGCUCUUCAAGCUCAUCACAUUCAUCAUCUGGGUCUAGUUCAAGCCUUGGCUCCACAGGACUCAAUAAGCCAGGAUCAACUGGGGGAGCUUCAUCAACCUUAGGAUCAUCAGGCUCAAGUUCAAGUCUUAGCUUAAGUGGGAUCGGCUCAAAUAAGCAAACUUCAAGUGUGAGGAGCUCCUCAGGCAUUGGGUCGUCCUCUGGGUCAACUGGGUCAAGUUCAAGUCUUAGCUCAAGUGGGAUCGGCUCAAAUAAGCCAACAUCAAGUGUGAAGAGCCCCUCAGUCAUUGGGUCAUCCUCUGGGUCAACUGGAUCAACAAGCAAAACUGCGCCAAAUUCAUUUUCCUGGUUUGGGUUUGGGAAUAAUAACGGACAAAGUAAAACCGGAAGUGCAACAGGGAAAGGAACGACAAGUGGGAACAGUAAUGGUGGAACUGGCUCCACUCUUGGUGCAGGACGGUCAAGUGGACUGGGAGGUGGCUCAGUUAAUGUCGCUCAGCACCUUCAAGAUCUGCAGCGCCUCAUCAACCCCUCUGGUCAAGAGGAGAAACAGGAUCUCUCCAGGAUGUUGGGUUAAAACAUCUUCUCUUGAUGAGCCAAACAAAACCAAAUCAAGAGGUGUAUACUCCAUUCUAUUACACACAGCAUAUCAUGUUCAUACAUUGGAUAUUAAGUAAAUGUACCAUAUAAUAUACAGUUUAUGACUGUUUAUACUUCAAUAUUCAUUUAUUAAAGUAAAACGUUUUAAAUAACUUUUCCACUUUUGAAUGUAAAAUGUGAACGUUGUGUCUUAAUGAUUUGUAUCUACACGGUAAGCAACUUUAUAAAGAAUGAUUAGUAUUUUUACAAUGUAAAUAUAUGAAAAUAAAAUCUUUGUUUUGAUGUAAGCACA